AUGUCUUCAAAAGUUGAGACAUCCCAAACUGACCAAAAACCACAGAAACAAACUGUCGUGGUGAUUGGGCUCGGCAUGGUCGGAUUGUCGUUUAUCGAGAAAUUGCUGAAAUAUGAUGUUCACAAAAAGUUUAAGAUCGAAAGUUUCAGCGAGGAACCAAGAGUGGCUUACAACAGGGUUGGUUUGACCCAAUAUUUUGCUCAUCGCUCCGAAGAAAAUCUGUUCAUGCAACCCCCUCCUUGGUACGAAGAUCACGAUGUGACAAUCCACUUGGGCGAUAAAGCGGUGCGAAUUGAUCGUGAAAAUAAAUCCGUUCACUCCUCCAAAGGCCUCACCGUUUCUUACGACUAUUGCGUCAUUGCGACCGGUUCCUACGCUUGGAAACCUCCUAUGCCAAAUGUUAAUAGCGGCGGUGUGUUCGUCUAUCGAACCAUCGAUGACCUGAACGAGAUUAUUUCCUAUAGUGCAAAUUGCAAGAAAUCCGCCGUUAUUGGCGGUGGUUUGCUUGGACUUGAGGCCGCAAAAGCUUUACACGACCUAGGACUAGAUUUGACCAUCGUGGAAGUUAGCCCUAUAUUAAUGCCUCGGCAGUUAGAUAAGAAGGGGGCGAAACUGUUGCUCAGCGAAAUUGAAAAAUUGGGAAUCAACCACGCUCUAGGUCAACCGCCCAAGGAAGUUGUUGUCGGUGAUGAUGGAAAGAUAAAAGGACUAUCCUUCCCCGAUGGUAAAUUCAUGGACUUAGACAUGUUGGUGAUUGCCGCCGGGAUUCGCCCACGGGACGAGAUCGCCAAGAAUUCGGGCAUCGACACUCAUCAAAGAGGCGGCAUAUUCGUCGAUGACCGAUUGCAGACAAAUGACCCGUCUAUCUUUGCAAUCGGUGAGGUGGCCUUGCACGGCGGAAUGAUUUAUGGCCUCGUCGCUCCCGGCUAUGAUAUGGCCGAUGUCGUUGCUGCAAAUUUGGUAGGACCGGCGUCGGAUCGAAAGUUUACGGGUGGCGACUUAUCGAGUAAGCUCAAACUCCUUGGAGUCCAUGUGGCAAGCUUCGGCGAUCACUUCGCCAAAGAUGACGUGGCAAUGCCCCUUGUCUAUAAGGAUCCGUUCGGUUCGGUGUAUAAAAAAUUGAUGUUCUCAAAGGAUGGGAAACAUCUCCUGGGUGGAAUUCUGGUUGGUGAUACCGAUGAUUACGCGAAACUUCACGCAUUGUCGAGAUCGAAGAAACCGCUGUCCAUGAAACCUAGCGAACUCAUUCUUGGCGUUAAGUCUGGUCAGGCACCCGGUUCUGACGACCUACCUGACGAAGCUCAAAUCUGGUAA